CACCAUGAGUCCCCGCUCGUGCCUGCGUUCGCUGCGCCUCCUGGUCUUCGCCGUCUUCUCGGCCGCCGCGAGCAACUGGCUGUACCUGGCCAAGCUGUCAUCAGUGGGGAGCAUCUCAGAGGAGGAGACGUGCGAGAAGCUCAAGGGCCUGAUCCAGAGGCAGGUGCAGAUGUGCAAGCGGAACCUGGAGGUGAUGGACUCGGUGCGCCGCGGCGCCCAGCUCGCCAUCGAGGAGUGCCAGUACCAGUUCCGGAACCGGCGCUGGAACUGCUCCACGCUCGACUCGCUGCCUGUUUUCGGCAAGGUGGUGACGCAAGGGACUCGGGAGGCGGCCUUCGUGUACGCCAUCUCUUCGGCAGGUGUGGCCUUCGCGGUGACGCGGGCGUGCAGCAGUGGGGAGCUGGAAAAGUGCGGCUGUGACCGGACGGUACACGGGGUCAGCCCACAGGGCUUCCAGUGGUCGGGAUGCUCGGACAACAUCGCCUACGGCGUGGCCUUCUCACAGUCAUUCGUGGACGUGCGGGAGAGGAGCAAGGGGGCCUCGUCCAGCCGGGCCCUCAUGAACCUCCACAACAACGAGGCCGGCAGGAAGGCUAUCCUGACUCACAUGCGGGUGGAGUGCAAGUGCCACGGGGUGUCGGGCUCCUGCGAGGUAAAGACGUGCUGGCGAGCCGUGCCGCCCUUCCGCCAGGUGGGCCACGCGCUGAAGGAGAAGUUUGACGGCGCCACGGAGGUGGAGCCACGCCGCGUGGGCUCCUCCAGGGCGCUGGUGCCGCGCAACGCGCAGUUCAAGCCGCACACAGAUGAGGACCUGGUGUACUUGGAGCCCAGCCCGGACUUCUGCGAGCAGGACAUGCGCAGCGGCGUGCUGGGCACGAGGGGCCGCACGUGCAACAAGACGUCCAAGGCCAUCGACGGCUGUGAGCUGCUGUGCUGCGGCCGCGGCUUCCACACAGCACAGGUAGAGCUGGCCGAGCGCUGCAGCUGCAAGUUCCACUGGUGCUGCUUCGUCAAGUGCCGGCAGUGCCAGCGGCUCGUGGAGCUGCACACGUGCCGGUGACCGCCGCCCAGCCCUGCGCCCGCAACCACCUAGUGGCCCAGGGAAGGCCGAUAAUUUAAACAGUCCCGCACCACCCACCCCAAAAGAUACUGGCUGUAUUUUUUAUUUUGGUUUGGUUUUUGGGUCCUCAUGUUAUUUAUUGCCGGAACCAGCCAGGCGACCCCAAGGGCACCAACUGGGGCCUCCCUGAAGCCUGGGCCUUUGCGGCUGCCACUGACCAAAGGGACUUUGCUCAUGCUUCUGGCUGCCCACAUGUGGCCACUGCUGACCACUCACUUUUUAUCUGUACCUGUUUUUCCACUUGCAGGCUUAAGGUGGGUAACGAAGUGUUACAGCCACGUGCCUACUGACGCUGCCACCUAGGGAAAGGGGCAGCCCUAUGGCAGGGGAACGGUGCCAUCUUGACGGCAGUUGCACCCCACACGCACGCACGCACCUCGGGCAGCUUCAGCCUGGGAGCUUUGUCUCCCAAGCCCCCUGGAAAAGGAAUGGGCAGACACCAGGCCCAGGGCAGAGGGUUAAUUUCAGGCCUCCAUGAGCAGCCAGAGGUUCAAUCUCUGUGGGACCCUCCAGGCAAGAACAGCAGAUGAGGCGAGAGCCGGUGAAGGCUGCAGUGCCCCCACCCCUAGCCCAGCCGCCAGGCCUCCCCUCAGAGAGGGAGACCCUCACUCCCUGGUCCCUCCCAGGCAGGAAUACGGCUGCAUCCUGGAUCAGAGACCCCAGCUGGGCCUUCACGGUGACGCCGUGAGUGUCACUCCACGGUGCUGCUCCUCCAUGAAACUAAGAAUGGAAACGCCACACGCACACAGGAGAGGGCCGCGUGAAAAAGCCAUCUCCCAACUUUUAUUUCACUCCCUUAACCAAAUCUACUGAGCAAAUACUGUUCUAGGCCCUGUACUGGGCCAUCUCACUGGAUGACCACAGCAGUCCUGGGAGGCCAACAAGACAGGGAUGCAUGCUUGUGCCCAUUUUACAGGAGGAAGGGCAAGGCUCAGCUGGGUCCCAGAGCCAGUAGAGGCGGAGGCAAAGCCAGAAGAGCCCCCCCAGCCAAGGCUCCUCCUGGACUCCUGUACCCAAAGGCCCAGAAACUGUAGGUCCUCCUGGGUCUGAGCCUCGGGGAUGGAGCUCUGGCUGGAGGAAAAGGGGCUGGGGAGCAACAGGAGCCACAGACCACAGGCUGAGCCAGAGCCCACUUGGUUCCCAAGGGAGGGCAGAGCAGGCUCUGAGGGAAGAGGUGGACAGUGGGAAGGCUGACGAAGUGAGGUCUCCGCAGCAGAGGCACCCCUGCCCCCAGGUACCGUGGGUACUGAAGCAGAGCCCCCCAGAGCCAGCACCAGCAGCCCGGGCCUGGCCCUGUGCACCAGCCAAACCAUCAGGAGCCCAGCCCAAACUUCUGUGAGCAGGACCUGCACACAGCAAGCCCUGGCCUGACCCAACUGCUGCUCAGGUGGGCUCCCGACCACCAGAGGACCUCACUCUCAGCCCUCUCUCCAAGCUGCACCAACACUGGGGCUUUCGGCUCCUGGUUUGAGGUCUUAAGCUCCAGGCUCCAGGUUCUCAGACUCCAGGUUCUUGGCUCCAGGGUUCAGCGUCUGAAUUCAAGGUCCCAGAUCCAGAAUACGGGCUCCAGCCUGUAGACGCUCUCCUCCAGGCCUUGCGGUUUGUGCCUCCUGGUGUUGGCUCCCUCACGAAGACAGGGUCAACACCCUCGGCCCCCAGCCAAGCUCUCUGCUCAGUGUCCAUCCAAGAAGAAGGCCAAAACCAAGUGAGAUGCUGGACCCACAUUCAAAUGUGGGGAUAAUCUUGGGGCAGGCAGGCUCUGAUGUGGAUGAAAGCUGAGCCGACUAAGUGUCCCCACAGCUGCCCAGCUGGGCUCACUGCUCCUCUGGCGGGCUCUGUUCAGCUGUCUGCUCAGAGCCAGGGAAAAUACUAUCCCUCACUGGCAGAGGCCCGACCCACACAAAGGAAGCAGUGGAGACCCCUCCCCCACCCCUAAGUCCUGUCCCCAGAGCCAGAGGACUAGUAGAUUCAGGCUGGAUGCUGGUAUGAUGGGCACUGCCCCAGGGAGAAGGGAGAGGAUCUCUGCUUAUUCAUAGGCCUCACCUCUCCACCUACCAGGGGGCUCCUCAAAGCUGAUCCUCCCGGGGUUCUGAAGGGUGUAGCCCCGGUGAAGCAGACUAGAUUCUAGGAACCUCUGCCCAGCCCUACCACCACUGCCACCAGCACCCCAAAGGCCAAAGGGAUCCACAGCUGCAGGAAAAUGGAGUUUCCUUGGACACACCCAGCUCUAAACUGUCCAGCAGAACAGUUUAAAGAGGAACCAGCACAGGACUGACAUAGCCACCCACCCUGGAAGCUGGCCAGAGGGUUCAAGCCCUGCCCGAGACCCUCUCCACUAGUCUUAACGCAAGGCAAAGGUGUCCUCGGAGGCCUAGGGCUGGACAAGCCCCAGCUCUGGAUGCUGCUACCCCCUCUGCUGCCCCCACCUCAUCCCAAUUUUUAUACUAGGCACCUUGCCUUUGUGACGUCCCCAUGAAAUAGUCUGGU